GUUGCGUAGAAAAAGAAAAUCCUCAAAAAAACACAUUCGAUCAGAAAAACCCUCUUACCUUCCUAUUUUUAAAUUUUUCUCUCUUUUUGCCCGCUGCUCACACCAAAACGCCACCGUUUUCCGGCAAGCCGUAAACCUUUAAUUGCGUAAACAAAGCAGUCCAUUUCCGGAGCGUGUCUUCUCCUUGGCUGAAAAAAAUACUAAUCAUAAAAAAAAAUAAAAAAAAAUAAAAAAAAACCGCAACUUUUCGAUUUCUGCAGAACACAACUAUAAAAACCCUUUGCAAAAAAAUCUUCGAAGCGGAUCUUACAGCGAUGGCUGCAAGGUUUCUGGCUAAUUUACUUGUGAUGAGCUCUGGUAUUUUGGCUAGGGCUUUUGUUCAGGCCUACCGUCAAGCACUAGCAAAUGCUUCAAAAUCUGGCGUUGCUCAAGAAACAUUGCAAAAUGCUGUCCGUAGAGGUAGUAAAGUCAUGACAGAGCAGGAAGCUAGGCAGAUUCUUGGCAUCACAGAGGGAACUUCGUGGGAGGAGGUUUUGAAGAAAUAUGACACUUUGUUUGAAAGGAAUGCAAAGAAUGGUAGCUUUUACCUUCAGUCAAAGGUUCACAGGGCUAAAGAAUGUUUAGAAGCUUCCUAUCAGGUCAAGGAUCCGGGUAACCCUAGUUGAGAAUAAAGGGAAGGCUCUGUUUUCCAUUUUUUGGUGCCUUGCCUUUUGUGUAUUAUUGUAGCUUUGAGUUUUUUUCUAGAGUUGCAAAGUGGUUUGCAAAUAUUUAAUGUACCUAAACUGGCUAAAACGAUUAAGAUAUCCAUUAUUAUGUGGUUAAGCUGCGUUGAUAUGGCAGGAAUUUCUGCCAAUUUAUCAUAUUAUAUUUUCAAUUA